AUGGACUGGCACUUCUUCAGAACAGCUGCCGUGCUGUUCAUUUUUCUGGUGUUGGUGGAAGUUAACAGUGAAUUUCGGAUCCAGGUGAGAGAUUAUAACACUAAAAAUGGCACCAUCAAGUGGCAUUCAAUCAGAAGGCAAAAACGUGAAUGGAUCAAGUUCGCUGCAGCCUGUCGUGAAGGUGAAGACAACUCAAAGAGGAACCCAAUCGCCAAAGUAAGCACCAACCCCAAAAUUUAUUGCCGGGCUCUGAAUUCACUGGGCCAAGAUUUAGAGAGACCUCUUGAGCUCAGAGUCAGGGUUUUGGAUAUAAAUGAUAACCCUCCAGUAUUUGCAAUGUCUACAUUUCUAGGACAAAUAGAAGAAAAUUCUAAUGCAAAUACACUGGUGAUGAGACUCAAUGCUACUGAUGCAGAUGAACCAAAUAAUUUGAACUCAAAAAUAGCUUUCAAGAUCAUAAGACAGGAACCUUCUGAUUCACCAAUGUUUAUUAUCAACAGAUAUACUGGAGAAAUUCGAACAAUGAAUAAUUUUCUAGACAGAGAGCAAUAUGGCCAGUAUUCUCUUGCUGUAAGAGGCUCAGACCGAGACGGCGGGGCAGACGGCAUGUCAGCAGAGUGCGAAUGCAGCAUUAAAAUCCUUGAUGUCAAUGAUAACAUCCCAUAUAUGGAUCAGCCUUCAUAUGCCAUAAGUAUCGACGAAAAUGCUCUAUACCCAGAAUUGCUCCAAAUAAGAGUAAUUGAUUUGGAUGAAGAGUACUCAGCUAACUGGAUGGCAGUAAUUUUCUUUAUCUCUGGAAAUGAGGGAAAUUGGUUUGACAUAGAAAUGAAUGAAAGAACAAAUGUGGGAAUUUUAAAGGUUAUUAAGCCCCUAGAUUAUGAAGCUAUGAAGAAUCUGCAACUUAGUAUAGGUGUUAGAAAUAAAGCCGAAUUUCAUCAUUCAAUUAUGUCUCAAUAUAAACUCACAGCAACUGCAGUCUCUGUGACUGUGUUAAAUGUAAUUGAAGGCCCAGUGUUCCGUCCAGGUACAAAGACAUAUGUAGUAAAUAGUAAAAUGGGAGCAAAUUAUAAAGUGGGAGAGUUCGUAGCUAUUGACCAGGACACAGAUGGACCUUCAACAACUGUUAGAUAUGUAAUGGGAAAUAAUCCAGCCAAUCUGCUAGCUGUUGACUCAAAAACAGGCAUAAUCACUUUGAGAAAUAGAGUUACCAUGGAACAAUAUAACAUGCUUAAUGGAAAAUACCAAGGAACAAUUCUGUCUAUAGAUGAUGCUCUUCAGAGAACUUGCACCGGUACAGUUAUUAUUGACCUUGAUGGUUCUGGCUGGGUAAAUGGAAGUGAGACUAGUACAAGCAGUGGUACAGGUCCUAGUACAGAUACUAGCACAUCCAAUGGACAAAGUGGAGGUGGCACCAUCACCAUCACAGAUAAUUCUUCCAAUGGUGGAGACAAAAAUGUCAACACGGUAUCCCCUUCUGAAGAAACAACUGUAGGAGGUGGUAAUCCUGAGGCACUUCUCUCAGAUAAUGUACACUUUGGUCCUGCUGGCAUUGGACUACUCAUCAUGGGAUUUUUGGUCUUAUUAUUGGUCCCAUUUUUGUUGAUCUGUUGUGAGUGCGGAGGUGCCCCUGGCGGUGGAGCCGGCUUUGAGCCUGUUCCUGAAUGUUCAGAUGGAGCAAUUCAAUCAUGGGCAAUAGAAGGACCACAGUCUGAACCCAGGGAUUUGGCCACUAUCUGUGUACCGCAGAUACCAGCUGAUAAUGCAAAUAUAAUUGAAUGCAUGGACACCUCAGGAGUUUAUACAAAUGAGUAUGGUGGCAGAGAAAUGCAAGAUCUGGGAGGAGGAGAAAGAACAACAGGAUUUGAACUAGCAGAAGGUGUUAAAACGUCAGGAGUGCCUGAGAUAUGUCAAGAAUAUUCUGGAACAUUAAGAAGAAAUUCUAUGAGGGAAUGCAGAGAAGGAGCUCUGAAUAUGAAUUUCAUGGAAAGUUACUUCUGCCAGAAAGCAUUUGCUUAUGCAGAUGAAGACGAAGGACGCCCGUCCAAUGACUGUUUGCUCAUAUAUGAUAUUGAAGGUGUAGGUUCCCCCGCUGGCUCCGUGGGUUGUUGUAGCUUCAUUGGAGAAGAUUUGGAUGACAGCUUCUUGGAUACACUGGGGCCUAAAUUUAAGAAGUUGGCAGAUAUCAGCCUGGGGAAAGAAAUUGAAUCAUAUCCAGAGCCUGAUCUUGCUUGGCCACCUCAGAGCACUGAACCUAUUUACCCCCAGCAGGGAACAGAGCCUCUGGGUAGUGGACACCCACCAAUCUCCCCACAUUUUGGCACUACCACAGUAAUUUCUGAAAGCACCUAUCCCUCGGGACCUAGUGUACAGCAUCCUGUGCCUAUUCCUGAUCCUCUGGGCUAUGGUAAUGUCACUGUGACCGAGUCUUACACCACCUCUGGCACUCUGAAGCCCUCUGUCCAUGUUCAUGAUAACCGACAUGCAUCAAACGUGGUGGUGACAGAGAGGGUGGUCGGCCCAAUCUCUGGUGCUGGUUUGCAUGGAAUGUUAGAGAUGCCUGACUUGAGGGAUGGGUCAAACAUUAUAGUGACAGAAAGGGUAAUAGCACCAAGUUCGAGUCUACCUACCUCUCUGACUAUCCCUAAUUCUAGAGAGUCUUCAAAUGUGGUAGUCACAGAACGAGUAAUCCAGCCAACUUCCAGCAUGAUGGGCAGUCUGAGUAUGCACCCUGAGUUAUCAAAUGCCCACAAUGUGAUUGUGACAGAGAGAGUUGUCUCUGGCACUGGCAUAAGUGGAAUUGGUGGCACAGCUGGGAUAAGUGGAGGCAGUGGCAUAGGCGGUAGUGGCUUGGUUGGCACCAGCAUGGGUGUCAGUGGCGGGGGCCUGAGUGGAGCUGGAGUCAGUGGUGGCACCAUUGGGCUGAGUAACCUGGGUGGAGGUGGGGGCCUGAGUAGCAGCAUGUCAGGGACAGCCACCAUGGGCCACAUGAGGAGUUCCUCUGACCAUCACUUUAACCAGACCUUUGGAUCCAACUCCCCCAGCACAGCUCGAAGCCGAAUCACAAAGUACAGUACGGUACAGUAUAGCAAGUAG